AUGAGUUCUUGGUAUGAACAGCGACCUGCAAGCUUUUUGGAGGAACUUGUUUGGAGCAGCAGCAUUUCGCUCAGCGUCGGCCAGGCCAUUCAACGCUCAGCGCCCAUCAACAGCUACAGCUUCCACGCUGCUACGGCUACUUCUUGGCCAUCGAGGAAGCCCUCGACUUCUCCAACAUCAGCCAUCCAUCGCCAAGGUGGUCACACCCACUCGAACUUUCGCGGCACCCGAGUUAACCCAGGCUUAUUGGUUGUCCCUCUGUCCUCACAGGUAGUGCCGAUGCAUUUGGCGUCUAUACAAGCAAGGGCUACGGAGUGGAUGCACAGUCCCAUGUGGUUUGGCGUAGACAUGGCGGUCCCUACCACAGGGCAUUCCGUGGGAAGCGGCAAUAUCCUUUGCACAAUCGCCAUAUUAAUGGACCAACUCUGUGCGGGGCGGGUCGGCUUGCAUCUGCGUUCUGUAGUCGACAGGGCUGCAAAAGUGCUGGAUGACAAGCUCCGGAGUACUACAAGCAACUUUAUCCAUGGCACAAACACGGCACAAUACCAGACACAAUCAUUCAGCGGUCUUCUCCGUGCUUAUGAUUAUGUCGCACGGAAACUAGGCCGUUUCUGCCUCCGCCGGCGCAUUUUGCUGACUUCAGAACAGAAACCAGUAAUUUGA